AUGCGGUGGCCGGCGGGGCCCAGCUGGGCGGGCCGGGGCCUGCGCGUGGGGCUGGCGGUGGCGGCCGCGGCGCUGCUGGUCCAGGCGCUGCGCAGCUGGGCGUCUCCCAGCCGCCGCUUCGAGUUCGACCCCGAGGAGAUCGCGCGGCUCGGCAAGCACCACGCCGGCCUGGACCACGAACUGGCCUUCUCCAAGAUCAUUGUGGAGUUGCGCAAGAAGCACCCUGGGCACAUAUUGCCGGACGAGGACCUGCAGUGGGUGUUUGUCAACGCUGGGGGUUGGAUGGGUUCCAUGUGCCUCCUGCAUGCCUCCCUCUCAGAGUACGUGCUGCUCUUUGGCACAGCCGUUGACACCGUGGGUCAUUCAGGUCGCUACUGGGCCGAUAUUCAUGACACAGUCAUCUCGGGCACUUUCCGACAGUGGAAAGAAGGAACUACCAAAAGCGAGAUCUACUACCCAGGAGACACCAUCAUCCACCGCUCCGGGGAGGCCACGGCUGUGCAGUGGAGCGCCGGCACGUGGAUGGUGGAGUACGGCCGGGGGUUCAUCCCCUCCACGCUUGGCUUUGCCCUGGCCGACACUGUCUUCAGCACUCAGGAUUUCCUUACGUUGUUCUACACGGUGCGCGUCUACAUGAAGGGGCUUCUCCUGGAGGCCGGUGCUUACUUCAGCGACGUGGGGCACUAA